AUGACAGCACUUGCAGGAGGUUUACCGAGGAUGAUGAGACCGACUCCCCAUCAGAACUACCCGCGAGGAGGAUACUCUCUAGAAGUCUCGACUCCGUUAGGACAGGGUCGGGUCAACCAGCUCGGUGGUGUCUUCAUAAACGGCAGACCUCUUCCCAACCACAUUCGACAUAAAAUAGUGGAGAUGGCCCAUCACGGUAUCCGGCCGUGCGUCAUCUCCCGUCAGCUGCGGGUGUCCCACGGCUGCGUCUCCAAAAUUCUCUGCCGGUACCAGGAGACGGGUUCUAUCAGGCCGGGGGCCAUCGGAGGCAGCAAGCCGAAGCAAACCGCUUCUCCAGAGGUUGACAAGAAAAUCGAAGAGUAUAAGAGAGAAAACCCGGGAAUGUUCAGCUGGGAAAUUAGGGACAAACUACUGAAAGAUGGAAUCUGCGACAGAAACAACGUCCCCUCAGUGAGCGCCAUCAGCCGCGUCAUGCGCUCCAAAUUCGGCGGAGCUGGUGAGGAUGAGGAGGAGGAUGAAGAAGUGGUGAAGAGGGCGAUGGAGGAAAACGAGCCACGGACGAAACACAGCAUCGAUGGCAUUCUGGGAGACCGAUCCAGUCACUCAGACGAGGGCUCCGAUGUGGACUCCGAGCCGGGUCUGCCUUUGAAGAGGAAGCAGCGUCGGAGUCGGACUACCUUCACGGCAGAACAGCUGGAGGAGCUGGAGAGGGCUUUCGAACGCACGCACUACCCUGACAUCUAUACGCGAGAGGAGCUGGCUCAGCGGGCCAAACUCACCGAGGCUCGAGUUCAGGUGUGGUUCAGUAACCGAAGAGCCCGGUGGAGGAAGCAAGCAGGGGCUAAUCAACUGAUGGCGUUUAACCACCUCAUCCCUGGUGGUUUCCCCCCAUCAGCUAUGCCAGGUUUGCAACCCUAUCAACUGUCAGACAGCCCCUACCCUCAGACUUCUAUAGCUCAAGCAGCUUCUGAGCAGCCCAGCACAGUCCACCGACCGCAGCCUCUACCACCCACCUCUGUGCACCAGAGUGGGCUCAGCUCCUCAGCCAGUUCCCAGGAUGGGAGCUCUGCGUACUGCCUGUCUUCUGGUCGACACAGCUUCUCAGGAUAUUCAGAAAACUUUGUGUCCCCAGCAGGACACACCAACGCCGUCAACCCGACCAUCAGCAACAGCCUCUCACCGCAGGUGAUGGGCCUAUUGAAUCCAGGUGGAGUACCACAUCAGUCCCAGAGUGACUUUGCCCUUUCCCCAUUGACUGGGAGCCUGGAGCCCAAUGGUGGUAUGGCUGCUAGCUGUCAUGGUUCCCAGCGCCUGGAGGCUCUACCAGGCUUGACCAGCAUGCCCGCCCUGCCUAGCACUCAGUCUUACUGCCCGCCCUCCUACUCCUCCUCAGCCUAUGUGGACCACCACCCUUCCUACCAGUAUGGACAGUACAGUCAGAGCAAGGUGCCUUUUAUUAUUUGA